AUGGCCAGAGACGUCAGUCCUCUGAGCCUGAUGCAUUUGUUUGCAAGGCGCCAGCAUUUGGGUGGCACCUCUUUGGGGUUUUUCUUCCCCUUUUUCCCCCUAAGUCCACUAAUUUUCUACUACUUCCUGUCAUGUGCAGCAGCAGCGGGCAGUUUGCCAGGCAUAGAAUAUGACUAUGGCAUUAGCCCCAAAUUUGUUUGCACUCCAAUCCCCCCAGAGGCUGACCCCAGCUGCUAUUCCCCACCUAGCGUGCCCCAUGGACCAGCCAGUAACGGCCACACUAACGGCCACACUAACGGCCACAGUGGCACCACCCGGAGAGGCACGAUGUCCGACGAGGCUAAAGCCACCAUCUUGCACCUGCGUGAGAGCCUGGUGAGGCAGAAGGAGACCAUCCUGGACCAGCGGGAGACCAUCAGGGAGCUGACCGCCAAGCUCACCUUGUGCGAGGGCUUUGGCGGUCACCACAGUGUCGGUCAUCAUGGCAACCACCUCGAGAAUCACCACGAAGACCACCACGACAGCCACCACGAUGAUCACCAGCAUCACGGCAACCACCACCCACCAUCAUCGUCAUCGCACCACGGGCCUUCGACGUUUCACAGCAACGAUCAUCACUACUCCCACGGCGGCAGCAGCGGCGGCGGCCACAGCAGCAGGUCGGACACCCAUCACAGGAAGGUCUCGUCUCACAGCAAACACAACUCCUUCUCUCCAGAGCAGACUGGAAAGACCCUGCAAACGCUGAAGGAGAGGCUGGAGAACUUACAGCAGGCAAGGAACUCCUCCAGCUCCUACUCCAGCUCUCUGAGAGAACUCCUCCAGCGGAAGAUCAACGCUCUGGAGGAGCAGCUGCAUAGCUACCACAGGGAUCACCAUGACUAUGAUAACCAUAAUGACAAUCAUGGCGAUCACCAUGACGACCACCAUGAUGAACAUCAUGGCAGCAGCCACCAUGAUGACCACCAUGAUGAUGACCAUCACGAUGACCAUUACAACGACCACCACGGCUACCAUGAUGAUCACCACGGCGGUCACCAUGACGACCAUGAUGCCCAUCAUCUCAGCCACAGCAACCACGACGACCACCACGAUGACCACCACGACAAUCACCACGGCAACGUCCACCAUGACAACCACCAAAGCGGUGAGCAUCUCCCACGUCGGCUGCCUUCCAGCACCAAAGAGCCGAGUACAGGAGGCACCGGACACAACAAGCUGGAAACAGUGCUCAACCAACUGCACCACGUCUCACCAGGAACCCAAAAGAAGCUAAAGAGUCCCAACGCUUUCAUGCUCGACUUCCCCAUGAGGACCAACUAUAUGUACGCCAGGAUGAAGCGAUCGGUGGUCAACGAGAUCUUCGCCAUGACCAUCUGCCUGCGCCUGAAGUCAGGAGCAGGUCCUGGCCUCGGUACUCCCUUCUCUUACGCCGUAGCCGGACAAGCUAAUGAGCUGGUGCUCAUCGAAUGGGGCAACAACCCCAUGGAGCUACUCAUCAAUGACAAGGCGGUGACGUUACCAAUCACUAUGACGGACGGGAAGUGGCAUCAUGUGUGCAUCACGUGGACGACGCGCGACGGAGUCUGGGAGGCCUACCAGGACGGGGUGAAGAAAGGUUCGGGUCAAAACCUGUCGCCAUGGCACCCAAUCAAACCAGGAGGGACCUUUAUUCUGGGGCAGGAGCAGGACACAAUGGGAGGCCGGUUUGACGUCACUCAGUCCUUCAUGGGCGAGUUAUCAGAUCUCCAGUUCUGGUCCAGAGUCCUGACCCCCAAUGAGAUCUACAGCCAGGCAACCUGCGGAGGCCACCUGGUCGGUGACAUCAUGUCCUGGUCGCAGGAGUCGGUGGAGCUCCACGGCAGGCUGGCCGAGCUCCCCUUUGACCCCUGCCACUAA